AUGGCUUCAAGAAAGGACUUGGAGAGUCCGGAUUUUUACACUGUUGGCUGGAUCGCUGCGCUUCCAAUAGAGCUUGCAGCGGCAACUGCAAUGCUUGAUGAGGAACAUGGAGAACCAUGCAACUUUGACCAGCCUCAUCACGACACAAAUAUAUACACCUGGGGCCGAAUUGGAGAACAUAACGUGGUCAUAACAUCGCUUGCGGCAGGAGUAUAUGGCACAACAUCCGCCGCUACUACUGCCACAUGUAUGCUCUCCUCCUUUCCUCACAUCAGGAUUGGCCUCCUCGUGGGGAUUGGAGCUGGAAUCGCAAGGCCAGAGGAAGGUCGCGACAUCCGACUGGGAGAUGUUGCAGUCAGUCAACCCGAAGGAAGUAGCGGGGGGGUCAUCCAGUACGAUUUAUACAAAGCAAAGGCUGGAAAUCAGCGGGAAAGCAGGGCUUUUCUGAACAGGCCACCCGAAGUCCUCCUCAAGGCUUUAGCAAGGCUCCAGGCAGAGCAUGAGCGGAAACCCUCUAGGGUCUCGGAAUUUCUUGCACAGAUGGCGAAAGCCAAUCCCAGAAUGGUCAGACAAAGACAAGGAUAUGUGUACCAAGGGGUUGAGAAUGAUCGGUUGUAUAAGGCAACAGACCCAAAUGAAGAGAUUCGACGUGAACCGCGUGAUUCGAGUGAACCAGAGAUUCACUAUGGCACUAUUGCUUCUGGUAACACGCUUUUGAAGGACGCCAUCCACAAAGAUAGAAUUCUGGAGGAUAUCGGGCAAGAAUGCAUUUGCUUUGAGAUGGAAGCCGCGGGUCUCAUGAACACAUUUCCAUGCCUUGUGAUUAGGGGAAUCUGUGAUUAUGGUGACUCGCAUAAGAGCGACCAAUGGCAACGGUAUGCUGCUGCAACAGCUGCUGCGUAUACAAAGGAGCUGCUUGCUUAUAUUCCAACUCAAGACCUUCAGAAGACACAGAAAGCCAUUAAUAUCCUCAAGGAUAUCUCAGGAAGUGUUACUCAAAUUCAUUCUAUUACAACCACCACGGCCGCUGUGGUUGAAGGUUUGAGUGAAGAUAGUCAAUACAGGAAAAUCAAAGAGUGGCUAUCCACUCCUGAUCCCUCAAUUAACCUGAACGAAGCGAUAGAAAAGCACCAUGAAGGAACUGGUUCCUGGCUCCUUGAAAGCGAGCCUUUUAACGAGUGGAAAUCUGGAAAACGUCGACAUCUCUGGCUACAUGGAAUUCCAGGAUGUGGGAAGACAGUGCUUAGCGCGACUAUCAUUAAGCAUCUCUAUCAGCAGCUUAACUUUUCUCAUGCUGUCCUCUAUUUCUUCUUUGAUUUCACUAAUACUGAUAAACAAUCACUUAACAAGCUUGUUCGCUCACUUGCCAUGCAGAUCUAUUCAAGAUGUGAGAGCUCUCGAACAGAUCUUGGCAAGCUAUUUUCGUUAUGUGAGGAGGGUGGCCAACAACCAACGUUCAAGUCUCUGUUCGCCACGUUCCUGCAAAUGAUAGACCAUUUGGAAACUAUCUAUAUUGUCAUUGACGCUUUGGAUGAAUGCAAUACUAGGUCGAAUUUACUUUUGUGGAUAGAGACUCUCACGAGCUCCAGACCGGCAGGGCCCCAACUCCUUGUUACUAGUCGCAGAGAAGAAGACAUUGAAUCAGAACUAAAACGUUGGCUAUGUCCAGGGAGCCACGUCGCCAUUCAGCAUGAUCCUGUGAACCAGGAUAUUUGUGCGUACAUCCACAAGCGACUUCAGACUGAUCGAGAGUUUGAGAGGUGGCAGUCAGAGCCUUCCGUGCAGAAUGAAAUUGAGACGGAACUGAUGAAGAAAGCGGACGGAAUGUUCAGGUGGGCCGCAUGCCAACUUGAUAUGCUACAAAAGUGCCUUGAUCUUCGAAUGCUUCGGGCAUCACUGAGAUCUCUACCCAAGACACUACAAGAAACCUACGCCCGAAUCCUGGCUAGCAUUGACCGUAAUUAUCAACAAUAUGCAAUAAGGAUUUUACAGUUUCUUACCUAUUCAACCCGACCUCUGACAAUCCAAGAAGCUGUUGAUGUUAUAGUAGUUGAUCCCAGCGGGGAUCCCUACUUCGAUCCCAGCCUUAGGAUGCCAAACCCUCAAGAUAUCAUGAAAGUCUGCUCGAGUUUGGUCUCUCUAGUCAUAAAACAGGAUUCCGCUCGGACAGAAACAUUCAUGGAACUUCAACUAGCACAUCUUUCUGUGCAGCAAUAUCUCAAGUCAAGGAUAAUUGGAGAAGCUUUCCCAAGGGGAAUGGCAACAAUUGGGGAGAUAUUCCAAACGAGCCUCCGAGAAAUAAGCGCAAGAGCAGAUAUCACAAGAGUCUGUCUAGCAUACCUGGAGUGUCUCCGUGAGCAAGGCGCUCAUAGGGAGCUCAAGGCAGAAUUUCCGCUAGCCGAAUACUCUGCGCAAUACUGGAUGUACCAUGCAAGGACUGUUGAGACUGAGAAGGAUGUCUCGGACAGAAUCCUGAAUUUCUUCGACCAUCAAAGCCAAGUAUCCGCAGUCUGGAUUGAACUCUUUGGAGAGCGGCGAUGGCGAGAUGGGAGCAUGCCAACUCCGUUGUAUUUGGCAUCCUUAGCAGGCUUGCAACAUACAGCACAGCUAUUGUUAAAAAAAGGUGCUGAUGUCAAUGCACAGGGCGGUCGAUAUGGCAAUGCUUUAAAGGCUGCUUCCUCUCAGGGCCAUAAAGCAAUUGUGCAGCUACUAGUCGAGAAGGGUGCUGAUGUCAACAACCCCACCCGUGGAUUAUAUUAUGGCAGUGCACUGCAUGCUGCUUCCUCUCAAGGGUAUAAGGACAUUGUACAGCUAUUAGUGGAAAAAGAUGCUGAUGUCAACGCCUGCAGCGGUGGGCUUGCUGGUGGCAAUGUUCUGCAGGCAGCUUCCUCUCAAGGCCAUAAGGAUAUUGUAGAGAUAUUGCUAGCCAAUGGUGCCGACGCCAACGCCCCCGGUGGUGGAUUUGAUUACGGCGGUCCUUUAGAGGCUGCUUCCUAUGAAGGUCACAAGGAAAUUGUGCAGCUGCUCCUAGUUAAAGGAGCUGAUGCUAAUGGCCAGGGGGGCUACUAUGAAACUCCUUUGCAGGCUGCUUCUAGUCAAGGCCAUAAGGAGAUUGUACAGCUGCUCCUAGAGAAUGGUGCUGAUAUUAAUGCUCAGGGGGGAGAUUAUGGCAGUGCUCUGGAGGCUGCUUCUUAUGAAGGCCAUAAGGAGAUUGUACAGCUGCUCCUACAGAAUGGCGCUACUGUUAAUGUGCGGAACAUGGCAGUGCUCUCAAAGCGGCUUUAA